AAGUUCCGUUCCGAUAUAUAGAAAUCUAUUUUACGAAUUAUAAUUCGGCGAGCAGAUAACACCCACCCACCCCCUCCUCCUUACUUGACCUAGAACCUGGCCUCGGGCCGACGCCUCCUGCUCCCUCUCGCUGUCGCGUCUCCCGGCGACCUUCUCCGUCGACGCCCCGGCUAUAGGCUGCCGCCCAUCAUUUCCCGGCGACCAGAUCGACGGCAAUCCUAUCCUCCUUGAUCUCCCUCUCGGGCGUCGGGAGAUCUACGCGGGGACCAUGCAUAAGCUGGGGAGAGGAAGCCGCGACAAGGUGCAACAGUUCAUGGCCAUAACUGGUGCAAGCGAGAAGGUCGCCCUUCAGGCACUGAAAGCUAGUGAUUGGCACUUAGAAGGGUCUUUUGAUUAUUUCUACAGCCAGCCACAGAUUUCUGUGACCAAUUCUCGACAUCUUGAAGAUCUUUACAGCAGAUACAAAGAACGUGAUGCUGAUAUGAUCAUGGUGGAGGGCACAUCUCAACUUUGCAACGACCUGUUGGUGGACCCUCAGGAUGUUGUCAUGCUUGUCAUAUCAUGGCACAUGAAAGCUGCCACAAUGUGUGAAUUUACUCGCCAGGAAUUCAUUGAUGGUCUGCAGUCAAUUGGGGUUGAUUCAAUUGAGAAGCUCCGUGAGAAACUUCCAUCACUGCGAGCUGAGAUAAAGGACGAUAAUAAGUUCCGUGAGAUAUACAACUUUGCGUUUGCUUGGGCUAGGGAAAAGGUUAUCCUUGAGAGCAAACUAUUUGUUCCAAUAUUUUCAAUUGUCAUUGUCUUUAUUGGCACAUCUGUUUUUCAACCGGUGUUAUCUAUGAAACUUUCCUACAACAUUCCCUUGAUUUUACAGGGUCAGAAAUCCCUUCCACUGGAGACAGCUAUUGGAAUGUGGAGGUUGCUGUUUGCUGAAAGGCAUUGGCCCUUAAUUGAUCACUGGUGUCAGUUUCUACAGGUCAGGCAUAACAAAGCCAUCUCUAGGGACACAUGGUCUCAGCUGUUGGAAUUUGUCAAGGAAAUGGGUUGCAGGCAGGUUUCUAGGAGCAAGCAACCAAGAAUGUCUUGAUAGAAUACACCUUACGCUCAAGAAACUCUUUAAAUUUCUUUCCCCCAUUUUCCUGGGAUCUCCAUGUUUGUAGUUACCCUGCAAAUCACCUGCUUAGUUAAGCUUCUUCUACCAUUUCAUCUAGCCCCAACCUAUGUAGCAAAACAGUAUACAGGGCAGGCAGGACUGAUAUAUAGCAUGCCUUUCAGUUCAUAAGACAGGAAAAAAAGGUACGCCAGAGCCCACACAAUAUCAGUCUUCAUCCAAAUGCGUACUACACUCUCCGCUCACAUGAAAAUAAUGAACUUAAAUACAUCUACUUCUGCACGCCAAGUAACCUUGUGAACUAACAGUAAGUUCACAUUACUUUUUGGCAUUCAUCUCUUCUAAGCAGCACAAUGAACAAGGAAUACAUUUGGCAAUAAAAACUUUGCGUAAGAUUCUACUGUUAUUGAUGAUUAUCUAGGGUGGCAGUUCAGGUAGAGCAGGUACAUUUUGAUGCUUGUUUGAGGAAUCCUAGCAGCAUGCUAAAUGCCAUCUGAAGCUAUCAAUACACUACAUAUUUAUGGCUAUGCAGAUCAAAAUUGUAAGCACCACACACCCACUUCAGAACAGAACAAAUAUGGAAUAUCAAGUACUCAACUACGAUGCAUGUGCGAACAGUUCGGUAGCAAUUUCAAGCAAAAACAAGCACUCUUUGAACUUUGAACUAUCACACUGAAUUUCUAUCUGGUUCUGUAAUCUCAGUAGGCACUCUUACUCUAGGUAAAGGCAAAAAGGAAAAAAUAUUACUUCCACAGAGAACUUCAAUAUCCUGUGGUAAAUGCAAGAAACCCGCAAGAAACCCACAUAACGAGGAAAACUGCAUAAAGCCAAUUAGUUGGACUGGAUGUGGGUCAGCAAUAAACAAAAAGUUUCAAAGCUCGCAAUCAUCCUCCAAAUUCUAGAACAACAUUAACAUCACAGAAGUAAACUUGGGGAUCAAAUGAAUAAACAUAAAGCUAUAUUUACCUGAACAUGCGUAAAAUCAAAAGAAAGGCAGGCAUUGUUGUCCCUACUCUGCACAUAGACGCAGGAGAGCCCCUCCUGCUCCACACCGCCGACCUGGUCACAACCUCCAUUGCAUGAGCGCACACUAACACAUGAAGCGUAAGCAUCCGUUACAAAGAACAAGAAUUGGCAAGAGACAACUGGAUCAGAAAACAGCUAACCUCAGGACGAGUGAUGCAAGCUGGCCACGCAGUCGGAGCAAGCCGUUGGACGGCGAUGAAGGAGCCGGCGUUCGUGUCCAUAUCUAGCUUGCCCACGGCAACAUUUCUCUUACCUAUCGGCUUCCUCUACCUACGCUAUCCGCGCGCCAAUGCAGAUCCAUAUGUCGACCGAAGCUCCAAUUUCAGCGAAGGGAUUGUGUUGGCGGAUCCCAAGGAGUAUCCCUAUGGAAGGAAUUGGUUGAAGAUGCAGUAAAUUGCGGCCGCCCUGUUCUUCCUCGCCUCAAGCGGAACUUUGCCAUGGUAGAUUCGCCGCACAACUAUUGACAACGAAGACCUCGCUACCCUGCUCGUCCCUGUUCUGUCCGACCGGGCGCAUUUGUGGUGAGCUGUCGCUGCUCAUGUGCCUCUUCCCGAGCUCCCUUUCUUACCGGCGUAGUGUGGAGCCAGGGGUGACGACAGGGUUAGGACCACACCGCUCAUGAGGUCCACGGGGGAGAGAGAGGGGAGUUGGGAUCAAGGUGUGAAGCGAUGCGUGCGUGCCCUUUUCUCGGGCCUUGUUGCCGUUGGGCCUGCGAAAAAACGUAGGAAUGUUGCUCUGAACCGCUUUUUCCCUCUUACGGGUGACAUUGAGGGGUAAUUUUUAAAAAGUUCAGAGCAAUUCUGAUGAUGGACGGGUAGAAACAUUCCUCCCUUUAAUGUUAGGUAUAUAGAUAUGAAUGCCCAGAUUUUGCGGGACUUGUAUGCCCACUUAAUCAGCAUGACAAAUAAACUUUGCUUGGGCAAAUGAGACAGGUUAACUGGUGUGCCUAGGUUGUAGUCUCUAGGUAGUUUGUGAUCUGUCGCCUUCAGUGAUUCGUCAAUAAUCUGUUAUCUUUCAGUUCUUCACUAAUUGUGUAUCUUGUUAAACUAGGUGUCAGUUUUUUGUUGGAUGUCCGGAAGGGACUAAGAUGGCUCUUUCUAUGACUUGCAUGUAGAAAGAGCUCAUAAUUGUGAACUUAACCAAU